AGUCUGCGUGCGAGGAGUUGCAGUGAAGGGAAGAGGGUGGAUUUGCGGGAGAAAUUGAGCGGGGGAGGGGGGAAGUCAAAAAGUCUUAUGCGGAGUUACUUCUCUGCUAAACAAAUCAGAAACAUUGAUUUGCAUUUCAUGUGUUAAUGAUCUUCCCUGUAUCUUUAUGGUCUUCUUCUCGGGGUUAGUUUGCUCUGUUUAACGCAAUUAUACCAGAAUGAUACAAGUCCUGGACCCAAGGCCUCUCUCCAGUUCUAUCAUGCCUGUAGAUGUGGCCAUGAGAAUAUGCUUGGCUCGUUCGCCACCUGUGAAGAGUUUUCUCAGCCCACUUGAUGAAUAUCAAAGAAGAAACUUUGUACAUCGAUUUAAGCCUCUCAGACCAUGUCUCAAUGUGAAACGUGAAACUGAGUCCCAAAACAGUGACUGGAAACGCUCUGCCAGCCAAGCCAAGAAGAGAGUAGUCUUUGCAGACUCAAAAGGUCUCUCUCUCACUGCCGUUCAUGUCUUCUCUGAAUUUCAGGAGAAUCCAGCAUGCGAUCUUCAGUUUCACUUGUUAGACCUUGAAGACAUAACAGCUGGCUUAAAACUCCAUGAGGAAAAGAACUUGAUUCUCGGUUUCACUCAGCCUUCAGCUGACUAUUUGGACUUCCGGAAUCACUUACAGAAGAACUUUGUCUGUCUUGAGAACUGCACCCUCCAAGAAAGGGCAGUGUCGGGGACUGUGAAAGUAAAAAAUGUGAGUUUUGAGAAGAAGGUGCGGGUUCGGAUCACCUAUGACUCAUGGAAAAACUACUCCGACAUUGAUUGCAUCUACAUGAACAAUGUCUAUGGAGACUCGGACAAUGAUACCUUUUCCUUUGCUGUUGACUUGCCUCCAGCCAUUCCCACUGAACAGAAGAUAGAGUUUUGUGUGUAUUACCAAACUGAUGAGCACACAUUCUGGGACAAUAAUGAUGGGCAGAACUACAAGAUAGUUCAUGCAGAAUGGAAGUCUGAUGGAGUCCAAGCACCAGCAUCUCCCAGGAAAGGCUGCAUGACUCGCAAACCUUCAAGGAAAGUGCACGAAACAAGCAGUGAACAAGUCGGCAGCCCUCGGAUAUCCAAUGGCCUCUUUCCUGAAUGGCAGAGCUGGGGCAGGAUUGAAAACUCGUCUCCAUAUUGGUGAAUGGAAGAAAUCACAGAGGCAUCUGCUGUUAGCAGCUGAACAUCACUAACCAUCAGCUUCUCAAUAAGCAGUAUAAGCAAACCCCCUAAAAAGGGUUUGCCAACUACUUAGAAAAAGAUGACUAACUUCAUACAUUUAUACUUAAAAACAAAACUAUCAGCCACAACUUUGACUUGGGAGAGAAUAUUAAUUUCAAUGAGAAUGUCGCCUAAAGUAGAAAUGUGUGAUUAUAUGUGUAUUUGCUGUUUACUUGCCUUAACUAGGGGGUAAGAGAGAGGCUCGUUAAGAAGUAAUUGUAUGUGGUGGCAUUUUGGGAAGCUGUGAUUGUGUUUUGAGAAGCUGUGAUGGGGGGGACGACAAGUUGAAUAGAUAGCCACAAAAAAGCUUGUGCCUACUUUAUGUUAGUGGAGACUGUGAGAAAUGCUGAACUGCCAAACUUUAUGUGGGAAUCAAGGCUAAGUAGGUCUUGAUCAUAAUACAAUUCAAUAUUUAGGAUUGUGGUACAACAAUGUCUCGGCAGGAAUGAAGUGGAGAGAAAAGGAAGAUGUAGAAUGUGCUGUAUUAUAGGGGGGAAGUAAAGUAUGGGGGCAUCUGACAUCUAAAAAUUCAAAACAGAUUCUUCAGGGAUUUGCAAAGAGCAAUAAUAUACAAAGAUACUUGACUUCUGCAGAACUGGAUUGCCACCUUUUAUAUUCCACAGGAAACAAUGUGCCUUAAAGAGCUGUGUAACAGGCAACACUUCUUAACAGAUGCAGUUUUUUGCCAUCAGUGAACUGCUGUAUGGCAGUGGGAAAGCUGCAACUGUUAAAAUGUCUUGACUGUCAGGCUGGAUAUGUAUGGAGGGGUGAGAAGAAGUGUGAAAAGAAUAAGUGGUUGGGGAACUGUAUGUAUAAAUAGGCGCCUACAUAGCUGUUUCAGGAAUUAGUCUUUCAACUUGAUAUACACUAGCUAAUUUUGCAAUCGCACUUCACAGGUAGAUCUCCAUCCUUCGUACACGAAGGCUAUGCCUUAAACAAAAUCCAGUAAGCUUUCCCAAGAUUGCAUGAUUUUUGUCUUUUGAAAUGCCUUAAUCCUGUAGAAGUUGGCUGUUGGUUUGCUGAACUUGCCUUAAAAUGUAGAGACAUACUCUCCUUAUUAUUAUCUUGCUUAUUAUUGCAGAAUUUAGUAGUAACCUCCCCAAAAUAGCUCUUCACGGCAGUGAAAUAAACCUAAGCAAUUUAAAGUCCUUCAUAUUGAAGGGGUGAUACGUAGCUGCACUUCUCAAGCUGAGCGGUCUAAAGUAACAGUAUGCAUCGUGCACAUAAAUAGACAUAGUUUUCUAUUCACUUUCUCAUACCUCAUUUUUCUUCUGUAGCUUUUGCAGAUACAGAAAGCCAUGCUUUGUUACUUUCUAAUUGUAGCGUGUAUUCUUCCUCAGAUAUAUCACAUUUUGUAAAUAACAGUGUGUGACUGUAAUUUUGGCACAGUUUAUAUAGGACAAAGCCAAUUGGAAUAGAAGUGCGUGCCCACCUCUGUGUUCACUUAACCUGUUCUGUAGCGGUGGUGGUGUUGUCUAUGGAAAAUACGAUCACAUCAUUAUGUUUAUCCCACCAGUAUGGACAUGGAAUUUUCAUUGUAAAAAAGGGAAAAGCCUCUUCCACCUUUUCCCCCGUCCCUACUGUAUGGCACUGCUGUGUAAACAAUUCACUUUCAAAAUAAAUUGUGUUUUGAUAAA